GAUGACAACAAAUUUGUCGCGCAGAGUCGGAGUCCGCCUCGCCGCCGCCGUCUGCCCUCUGACUCUCGUGCAUACUCUCUCCGGGCCGACAGAGCGCUUUGUAAGCCUCCGGCCUGGGGCGCCGGGUUCCGCUCAGCGACCGGUUCCCGCCGGGCCUAGUGUGAGCGGCGCGUCACGGGCCAUGGGGUCGCCCUGAGAGACGGCGGCACAGAGCCGGCAUGCUGCGGCCACCGCGAACCUAGAGACCCCACCGCAGCCUGGGGACACCGGCUGGACCCCGAGGCGCUGCCGCUGCCUGGUCCCCAGGUCCGAUCCCGGAGUCGCCGCCGCGGCCCUCCCAGUCGCCAGUCCUCACCAACAUGCCUUGGCCAUUUUCAGAGUCUAUCAAGAAGAGGGCCUGUCGGUACCUCCUGCAGAGGUACCUGGGCCACUUCUUGCAGGAGAAGCUGAGCUUGGAGCAGCUGAGCCUGGAUCUGUAUCAGGGCACAGGGUCCCUCGCCCAGGUCCCCUUGGACAAAUGGGGUCUCAAUGAAAUCCUGGAGUCAGCAGACGCACCUCUGGAAGUCACUGAAGGAUUCAUUCAGUCCAUCUCCCUGUCAGUCCCAUGGGGCUCCUUGCUGCAGGACAAUUGUGCGCUGGAAGUGAGAGGGCUAGAGAUGGUCUUUCGGCCUAAACCUCGUGUAGCAACUGGGUCUGAGCCUAUGUAUUGGUCAAGCUUCAUGACCAGCAGUAUGCAGCUGGCAAAGGAGUGUCUUAGUCAGAAACUGACCGAUGAGCAAGGAGAAGCAUCCCAGCCUUUUGAAGGGCUGGAGAAGUUCGCGGAAACCAUUGAAACAGUACUAAGAAGAGUGAAAGUCACUUUUAUAGACACUGUGUUAAGAAUUGAACAUGUGCCAGAAAAUUCCAAAACUGGAGCUGCACUUGAAAUCCGAGUAGAGAGAACCGUGUACUGUGAUGAAACUGCUGAUGAGUCCUCAGGAGUCAAUGUACAUCAGCCCACAGCUUUUGCUCACAAAUUGCUGCAGCUCUCUGGAGUGUCUCUCUUCUGGGAUGAAUUUUCUGCUUCAGCAAAAUCUUCUCCAGUGUGUUCGACUGCACCAGUCGAAACUGAGCCAAAGCUGUCACCUAGCUGGAAUCCCAAAAUUGUUUAUGAGCCACACCCACAACUAACUAGAACUUUACCAGAGAUAGCACCCUCGGAUCCAGUGCAAAUUGGAGGGCUAGUGGGCAAGCUGGAGUUGAGUCUCACUUUGAAACAGAAUGAAGUGCUUCCAGGAGCCAAGCUGGAUGUUGAUGGACAGAUAGAUUCCAUUCAUCUGUUCCUGUCACCAAGGCAGGUACACCUGCUUUUGGAUAUGUUAGCAGCUAUUGCUGGACCAGAAAAUUCAAGCAAAAUAGGGUUAGCUAAUAAGGACAGGAAAAAUCGACCCAUGCAGCAGGAAGACGAGUAUCGGAUUCAGAUGGAAUUAAACCGGUAUUAUCUGAGGAAAGACUCCCUGUCUAUGGGUGUAUCUUCAGAGAAAAGUUUCUAUGAGACAGAAACAGCUCGUACACCUUCUAGCCGUGAAGAAGAAGUUUUCUUCUCCAUGGCUGACAUGGACAUGUCUCACAGUCUGUCUUCUCUUCCACCCCUUGGGGACCCUCCACACAUGGACCUGGAGUUAUCCCUGACUAGUACAUACACCAACACACCUGCAGGAUCACCGCUAAGUGCUACUGUGCUUCAGCCAACUUGGGGAGAGUUUGCUGACCACAAAGAGCAGCCUGUAAGAGGGCCAGCAUUCCCAUCUGACUUGGUCCAUGCGGCCCCUUUACAAAAAGCUGCUCUCUCCUCUAGGUCUGUUUCAGUGGAUGAGUCCAGACCUGAGUUUAUCUGUAGACUGGCUAUCGGCGUCUUCUCAGUCUCCGUGCUUCAUAUUGAUCCUUUGUCUCCAGCGGAAACGUCUCUGAAUGUCAAUCCAUUGACACCCAUGGCCGUCGCUUUCUUCUCUUGCAUAGAAAAGAUGGACCCGACAAGAUUGUCAACAGAAGAUUUUAAGUCUUUCCGGGCAGUCUUUGCAGAAGCUUGUUCACACGAUCACCUUAGAUUUAUAGGUACUGGGAUCAAAGUGUCCUAUGAGCAGAGACAAAGGCCAACUUCCCGGCAUUUUAGCACCGACAUGUCCAUUGGGCAAAUGGAGUUUUUGGAGUGUCUGUUUCCAACAGAUUUUCAUUCUGUGCCUCCCCACUACACAGAACUUCUAACGUUCCAUUCCAAAGAAGGGACUGAGGCCCACCUACCUGUGUGUCUUCAGCUUUACUAUAAGCAUUCUGAAACGAGAGGACCCCAGGGCAAUCAAGCAAGACUGAGUUCAGUUCCUCAGAAGGCAGAAUUACAAAUUAAAUUAAAUCCCGUGUGUUGUGAACUGGAUAUCAGUAUUGUGGAUAGGUUAAAUUCCUUGCUUCAACCACAAAAACUCUCUACAGUAGAGAUGAUGGCCUCACACAUGUAUGCUUCAUAUAAUAAACAUAUUAGUUUGCACAAGGCUUUCACUGAAGUGUUUCUAGAUGACACGCACAGUCCUGCGAAUCGUCGGGUGUCUGUACAAGUUGCCACCCCAUCACUGCAUCUUUCUGUCCGCUUUCCCAUCCCUGAUCUUCGGUCAGACCAGGAAAGAGGACCCUGGUUUAAGAAGUCACUUCAGAAGGAGACCCUCCAUUUAGCAUUCACAGAUCUGGAGUCUAAGACGGAGUUUGUGGGAGGAUCUACCCCAGAGCAGACUAAACUGGAACUGACAUUUCGAGACCUCACUGGGUCAUUCCAGGAGGAGAAGGGAGAGCCAUCUGUCAAAUUUUUCCAUGUGUCUGGUGGAGUCGAUGGAGACACAGCAUCAUCAGAUGACUUUGACUGGCCACGAAUGGUACUGAAAAUAAAUCCACCAGCCAUGCAUUCCAUUUUGGAGAGAAUAGCAGCUGAAGAGGAGGAAGAGAACGAUGGGCACUACCAGGAAGAGGAGGAAGGAGGGGCUCAUUCCCUGAAAGAUGUCUGUGAUCUGAGACGACCAGCCCCGUCUCCCUUUUCUUCUCGUAGAGUGAUGUUUGAGAAUGAGCAGAUGGUGAUGCCGGGAGACCCUGUUGAGAUGACAGAGUUUCAGGAUAAAGCCAUCAGCAAUUCUCGCUAUGUGCUGGAACUCCUGCUGCCGAAUAUUCACAUGACUCUGCCCAGUAAAAGCUUUUAUGAGAAGCUGUAUAACAGGAUCUUUAAUGACUUGCUUCUCUGGGAGCCAACAGCUCCUUCACCAGUGGAGACACUUGAGAAUAUUUCCUAUGGCAUCGGCCUCUCGGUAGCCAGUCAGCUGAUAAACACCUUCAACAAAGACAGCUUCAGUCCCUUUAAAUCUGCAGUUCAUUAUGAUGAAGACAGUGGAUCUGAAGAAGAGACUUUGCAGUAUUUUUCUGCUGUUGAUCCCAACUAUCGUUCCCGUAGGAAAAAAAAGUUGGACUCUCAGAACAAGAACUCUCAGAGUUUCCUCUCAGUUCUUCUGAAUAUCAAUCAUGGAUUAAUGGCAGUGUUCACAGAUGUAAAGCAAGAUAAUGGAGAGCUGAUGGAAAAUAAGCAUGGUGAAUUCUGGUUAGAAUUCAACAGUGGCUCAUUAUUCUGUGUGACAAAAUAUGAAGGUUUUGAUGACAAGCAUUACAUCUGCCUGCAUUCCAGCAGCCUCAGUCUGUACCACAAAGGCAUAGUAGAUGGAGCCAUUCUUCCUACAGAGGCGCGGCUGCCCAAUUCAACCCGCCCACAUUGGUUGGAACCUACAAUUUAUUCCUCUGGAGAAGAUGGCCUCAACCGAGCUGCCUCUGACGGUGUUGGGGGAGACAAUUUGAAUAUGCUCUCAGUGGCAGUUAAGAUACUGUCCGAUAAAUCAGAGUCCAAUACCAAGGAGUUCCUUGUGGCUGUGGGGCUGAAAGGAGCAACUCUGCAGCACCGAAUGCUGCCCACCGGACUCAGUUGGCAUGAGCAAAUUUUAAACUUCUUAAAUAUUGCUGAUGAACCUGUAUUGGGAUAUAACCCUCCAACUUCAUUUACAACUUUUCAUGUUCAUCUUUGGAGCUGUGCACUUGAUUACAGGCCCCUUCACCUGCCAAUUCGAUCCCUUCUUACUGUUGAGACGUUCAGCAUUUCUAGCAGCGUUGCCUUGGAUAAAUCUUCCUCCACCCUCAGAAUCAUCAUGGAUGAGGCUGCUUUACACCUGUCUGACAAGUGUAACACUGUCACUAUAAACCUGAAUAGAGAUUAUGUUCGUGUGAUGGACAUGGGACUUUUAGAGCUCACCAUAACUGCAAUGAAGUCAGAGUCUGAUGGAGAACAGACCGAGCCCCGCUUUGAGUUGCACUGUUCCAGUGACGUUGUCCACAUCAGAACGUGUUCAGACUCAUGCGCUGCGCUGAUGAAUCUCAUUCAGUAUGUUGCAAGUUACGGGGACUUACAUGCACCUAACAAAGCAGAAAUGAAGCCUGGAGUCUCACAGAGAAAGCCAAAGGUAGAUUCCAGUGGUCGACCCUCUUCGCGUGGUCCGGUGCUUCCUGAAGCUGACCAGCAGAUCUUACGGGACCUGAUGAGUGAUGCCAUGGAGGAGAUUGACGUGCAGCAGGCCUCUCCUCCUGUGGGACCACAGACUAAUGGUGUCCCGGAUGAAAAGUCGCACACUCAGGAGCCAUGCUGUUCAGACCUCUUCCUGUUCCCAGACGAGAGUGGGAAUGUGUCCCAGGAGCCUAGCCCUGCUUAUGCCUCCCUCCCUCACCACUUGAUUAGUGACACAAUGACAGGCGCACCCACUGAAAAUGAUGACUUUUGUAUUCUUUUUGCACCAAAAGCAGCCAUCCAGGAGAAGGAAGAAGAGCCCGUGAUAAAGAUCAUGGUUGACGAUGCGAUUGUGAUACGAGAUGACUAUUUCAGUCUGCCCAUUACAAGGACAGAUAGCAGCAAAGCCCCGCUCCACCUUCCCGUCCCUGCCAUUCGCUAUGCUGUUAAGGAAGUGUCUCUGGUGUGGCAUCUCUAUGGAGGCAAGGACUUUGCAACAGUUCCUCCUACUUCUCCAGCUAAGAGUUACAGUAGUCCCCAUAGCUCACCUUCUCAAACACCAACAAGGCACGGACGUCAAACAGUCUAUGGUGGCAAAGGAAGGAACCAUGACUUUUUAAUGGAAAUACAGUUAAGCAAGGUGAAGUUUCAACAUGAAGUCUACCCCCCGUGUAAGCCCGAGUGUGAGUCCAGCCUCCUAGAAUACCCGGUCUCCAGGCAGGUGUUCAUCGUUCAGGACCUUGAAAUUCGAGAUCGGCUGGCAACGUCCCAAAUGAAUAAAUUUUUAUACCUGUAUUGCAGCAAAGACAUGCCUCGUAAAGCUCACUCCAACAUGUUGACAGUUAAAGCGCUGCAUGUCCGUCCGGAAUCUGGCAGGCUGCCCCAGGAGUGCUGCUUGAGAGUGUCCUUGAUGCCGCUCCGCCUCAACAUCGAUCAGGAUGCCCUGUUCUUCCUCAAGGAUUUCUUCACAAGUCUUUCUACAGAAGUGGAGCUUCUGUUGACUCCAGAUCCAGAAGUUACAAAGUCUCCUGGAGCUGAUGUCACCUGCAGUUUGCCAAGGCAUUUGAGUACCUCAAAGGAGCCAAAUCUAGUUGUUUCUUUCCCUGGGCCAAAACAACCUUCCCCAAACCAUAGUGCCAGUUCAGUGGAGGGGGCUAACGGACCGGAGGAGGACUUCUCAGCCGAGGAAGCCUCGUUUAGUGACCAGCCUGUGUUCUUUAGAGAAUUCAGAUUCACGGCAGAAGUUCCUAUUCGACUUGACUAUCAUGGCAAACAUGUAUCAAUGGAUCAGGGAACAUUGGCUGGGAUUUUGAUUGGCCUGGCCCAGUUGAACUGUUCUGAGCUAAAGUUGAAGAGGUUGUUUUAUAGGCACGGUUUGCUAGGUAUUGACAAAUUGUUCUCAUAUGCGAUUUCUGAAUGGCUCACUGACAUUAAGAAGAACCAGCUACCAGGGAUCCUGGGAGGCGUUGGGCCUAUGCAUUCUCUAGUUCAAUUAGUGCAAGGCCUGAAGGACCUGGUGUGGCUGCCCAUCGAGCAGUACCGGAAGGACGGCCGCAUCGUCAGAGGCUUCCAGAGAGGCGCUGCCUCCUUUGGUACCUCCACUGCCAUGGCUGCCCUAGAACUCACAAACAGAAUGGUUCAGACCAUACAGGCAGCAGCAGAGACUGCGUAUGAUAUGGUGUCUCCGGGUACCCUCUCCAUUGAGCCCAAGAAGGCAAAGAGAUUUCCUCAUCACCGUUUAGCCCACCAGCCAGUAGACCUGAGGGAAGGUGUGGCCAAGGCCUACAGUGUUGUCAAAGAGGGAAUUGCAGACACGGCUCAGACCAUUUAUGAGACGGCCGCUCGAGAACACGAGAGCAGAGGGGUCACCGGUGCUGUGGGUGAAGUCCUGCGCCAGAUCCCACCAGCAGUGGUCAAGCCCCUAAUUGUAGCCACCGAAGCAACAUCAAAUGUGCUAGGCGGCAUGAGAAACCAAAUAAGACCAGAUGUUCGGCAGGACGAAUCACAGAAAUGGCGCCAUGGGGAGGACUGAUGCUUCUGGUGUGACUCCCCAGAGUGCGUGGAGCUAAGGAGCAGGGUGUCCUGGUGGCAGCUUCUUAGAGAAUUUAUUUAAUUUAUGUGCUCAUCUCAGGAACAAAAGCAGUUUUUAGUUAAGUAAUUAAUGUCAAAACACAUGCAGCCAAAACCUUGUGACAUUUUAGGGCCUGAUACUUGCCUGCAGACGUGACUGGUGGCUGGUAUCAUGGUCAGUAGAAAUUUCUGUCAUGUUGAAUGCUUUGCUUUCAUUAAAGUGACUGUAAUUGUACUUGUUACUGACAAGAUCUCAUUGGGAACAUCUUUGUAAACAGCGUUAAGUGAUUAAAGAAAGAAAAGAUUAAAGCACUCUUAAAGCACCAGGGAGCACUCUUGUAGUUCUGGAGAGUUGAUUUCUCAACUCACAAUGUCAACACUCUCAGAUGCUGGUGAGAGGAGAAACGGAGAGAGCAAAGCAGCUGGGCUCCAGUGUCGGUAGAGCAGGACUCCUCGAGGGACUGCCUGCUCAACUCACCUGGAGAAAGUGAGUCACAGGCAAGACCUGCUGUGCUGCACUUCAUCCUGUGCGUGCGUGCGUGCGUGCAUGUGUGUGUGUGUGUGCGCGCGUGCGCGCGCAUUCGCGUGUGGAACAAGGUGUGCUGUGCUCUCUGUCAUUUACAAGGUUACAUGAAUAUGAAGAGAAGUGAAGAUGUCUCAGUUUUUGGUAAAGGAAGGUAACCCAAAUGUAGUAAGUUUCUGUAUUCAAAUGCAAGUAAAAAUGUGUGCUCUGUGGUGGACUGUAUGUGCCCAUUGUUAAGUACAUAGUGCAGACUAUUAGGGAUGUGUGACAAGGGACACUGAAAGUGGGCUUUAUUCUUAGAAAGUUAUAUAAAUAAAAGUACUCCAAAUAUGUCUUAGUCAGCUAAUUCUAAGUACCAUUUUUACUUGGUUAAUAAUGUACAUUUUGAUAACAUGUCAGGAAUGAAUAAAGUAUUUUUAUUUAAAGGUAAGAUUGUUGUAUACUUCCAUGAAUAUUUUAUUUUUCUGAGAACACACUCAUUGAUGCAAUGUUAUGAUUGAUGGCGGGAUAUCUGGAGAUGCUUCUCAAAAUAGAUUGUUAGUGUCACUCACUGUUGUGGAGAAAAGGGGUAAUUGUUUGCAGUCUGCCUAGAGACUCAGCAGAAAACCAGGACUUUGUAUUGGUCUCUGUUUAGACUCGCAUACUGUCCCCUCUUGGUUUCCAAAGUGUUGGUGGGUAUCAGGGUGAACUGGAUGCCACAAUGCAUUCCAGUUUGUGGGUGAGAAAGAAAAGUCAGUUUUACUCUCUGAAAGCUCUGAACAAGGAGGUGCCAACCCCAAAUCCAAACUUUAUAGAAAUAGUGUUGUAGACAUUUGCAUAAGCUUGGUUUCCUUUUACUGCUGUGAAACUUCAAAAGAACAGAGCACUUGCUGGUGGGCCUCUUGGACCUCAUGGUGGGCUCUUCUAUUCUUAAGUGGAACAGGCGUCUAGUACGGCUCCAGGCAGACACUGCAGGUAGUAGCAUCAUUUGUUGCCAUGACUGGCUAGCUACUAUCUGCUCUUCUAACGAACAGUUUGUUUCCUGUUGUAUUUGGUCAGACUUCACUCCACAUCUCCUCCUUGGUUAUGUUUAAGAUCAGUGAGAGUCGGUACAUGGAGGUAACAUCCCUUUGCCCUAUGAGCUGUGUACAGCUCUUUCUUUUAGCUAGUUAAAUUAAUUAAGCCAUGUAAACAAGUGUCUUUAUGAUGUCAUCUCCUGUUUCUCCCUGCUGUCCUGCACCUUGACAGAGAGGGUGAUUCAGUCUCUGGGUCUGUGUGCAUUAUAGAGGCCCUGGUGAAGACCUGUCUGUAUUUGAACACAUCUAAGUUAUAUAGCUGUUGUGUUUUCUUUUUAAAAGGUCUGCUCAGACUUUUGUGUUGUGAAGACAUGUAGUGUGUUGACAGGAUCCUUGGGUUGCCUCAUCUGCAGUUACCAAGCAAAUAACUUGACUUGGCCAAGACGUCUCCCUCAGUCUCAGUGUGCUCUCUGUAAGUGAAAAGGUUUCUUAGGCAAAGCUUUUGGGAAUUUCUGUGCAAUUAGGUCAUGGUGACAUAUGCACAAAUAAUGGUGUGUGUCCUUACAUUCAGUAGAGUGCACAGAACUGUGGUGUCAGGCUGGUGGCCAUGGACACUGGCUGUGCCACACUACAGCAGCUGUGGGCUACUUCAGAUCUCUAUUCUCAAAGGGACACCUUCCUGAUCUGGCACCAUGCCUGCAUGGUUAAAUCUAGGUUGAUAAUUCUGACUGAAGUAGGCUGCACAUGCCCACCUAGUCUACACAGAUUCUCCCCCUAGGAAUCAGGGAAACGAGCAUGCUCAAGAUCAGAUCACUCAGUUGGUCCAGACCUGACUAUAUUGCCAAUGGGAACAGCGACCAUAGCAAUGUGAUUGCCGAAUGGGAUUGGCUGGGAACCCCUACUCUCCUGACUAUCCUUGCACCCCGUUAGUCUGAGAGACAUCAUAGCAGUAGGUUUCCAUUUUAAUGAGGUUUCUGGAUAACUUGGAUUCCUACUUAGGAGUACAUAUAUUUGUCAUAUUCUUAAAAUGUAAAAGUCAUAAGACAAAAAAAAAAAUCCAAGUAGCAGUGUUCCUAAGUACACUAUCGGGGCCCAUCCGUCUGCACUGCCUCCUGUCCUGUGUCACUCUGAAGGGCUGCUGCAGGGCUCCCAUUAGACCAGCCAGCUGUGUCUGCUCCAGUGGCUGCCUAUCCCGAGGCCCUCGUCCCUCCCUGGGUGUCCUGUAACUCAGGACUAGCACCUGCGUGUUUUCACCAUUGGGGCUGGAAAUGAGGAUUCUACCCUCAAUAAACGGCUUCAGGGUUUAGCCACUGAUUAUCUUAGCUGACAGGAUAUGCACUUUAGGCUGAAAGGAAGGUUAUUUGUAUAACGCAGAGAAGCGUAUCGAUGAUUCCCUUUUCUUAUCAGGAGGUUUUGUUUUAGUUUACAAGAAGGUAUAGCCAGUCUUGUAAGAACACUAGUAUGUCACAUGCCAGCCUUUGUGUGGACAUUUUCAGCAAUGUGCUGGGCACACUUACCUUUGAGAGAUUCCAUGUGCACAGUUCCAGGUCAGCCAGCAUCGUUCAGGAAUGGUCUCCAUUUCUGAGACAGAAAUUGUGGAUGAGAGACCUUUGAGUCUUAGUACUUCAUAUUUGAAUCUCGCCAUUUCCUUAGGGGUAGGACUGAGAGGCGCUGCACUGGCCUUCUCUACCCAGCACAGGGACACAUUGGGCAAGUCAUUCACUUGCCUGCUCGCUGCAGUGUAGAAGAUGUGAUUGUACUGUCAGCUGCUGGGGCUGGGCUGGCCUCUCCCUUCACCAAGAUGUUUACCCUGCUGCCUCUCGAGUGCACGUUCCCGGUUGGAGUGUCUAGCUUUGUUUGUGUAGCUCACUGGUCCCACUGGGCUGCUUGCUUUUUCAUGGGGUUUUUUUUUUUGGCACCAAGUUCAUCCUUUCUGUGGGUCCUCCUUGCCUGUCUCAGAUGUUAAAUCAUCCCACUACAUGGCCAUUGUCUUUGCUUAGAAUCCUGACUUUCUUAGUUAUGGUACCUCUGGAUGUAAAUAGGAAUAUUCCUCUGUACAAGUAUUUUUGUGAAAAAUGUAACUUGUUAGUGUGUCUGUUUAAAAUAUGAUGUUAAGGAUACUUGUGAAAAAAAUUAAAAUAUUUCCUCUUUG